AUGUACUGAUGGCAUUCUCUUUGUAGUCGAUUCAGUUGAUGUUGAGCGAAUGGAGGAAGCUAAAAUGGAACUUAUGAGAACCGUAAAGUGCCCUGACAAUCAAGGUGUUCCUGUUCUGAUAUUAGCUAACAAACAAGAUUUACCUGGUGCUCGUAAUCCUAAGGAAUUAGAAAAAUUAUUAGGACUUCAUGAACUAUUAUAUCCAGCUAUGUAUACGCAAAAUACAAGACCGAGCUCAUCAUCAACUGGUAGUAUUGUGUGUAGCAGCAGCACAAUUAGUAUGAAUACGUUUGGUAAAACUAUGACACCCACAUCGCAACACAACAUUAAAAUGUUUAGUAACAGUGGUGACAGUAACCAACUCUGCGAAUCGUCAUCAGUGGCAGCAGUUGGAGAAAUAAAAACUGAACGAGAAUCUGAAAUUAGCAAUGGAAUUAGUAAUACUAGUAAUAUAUACACAUCAUUUUUGUCGACUGCUCGCGACAAACAAUUGUUGUCAUGUGGAUCCUCACAACCUUCAGUAGUGACAACUCCGACUGCUACAGCUGUUAAUGCACUAUUCCAGUCAAAAUCAAUGACCAAAUCAAUCAGCUAUUCAACACCAUCACACCAAUUUAAAGGUUGGUAUAUUCAACCAGCCUGUGCCAUAACUGGAGAAGGUUUACAAGAAGGUUUUGAAGUUCUUUAUGAUAUGAUUUUGAAACGGCGGAAACUCAAUAAAAUGUUUAAGAAAAAGCGGUAAUAACCUUGUAAAAAUUUUCUUACUAUAUUUGUCGUAGCUUAGGUUUUCUGAAAUUCUAUUACAUAUUCGGAAUUUUGAAAAGCCGUAGGGUAUACAUAUGUGCAUACUGAGAAAUCUUGUGCUAUAUGUUAUACCUAAACAUCAAAUUGUAUAGUGAAUGGCGCCUUCAAUUUUGUUUACAGUUGUAAUUAUAGUUCACUAGAAUAUUUUUUAUUAAGUAGCAAAUAUAAUUAUACA